CAAACUCUCCCAGUUGAUAACCAGAUCCCUCUCAACGAACACGUAUUCUCAGAUUUAUUUGGGAUUGCCGCUACCAUGGCUGGAAUGGACAUAAUCUCGACCGAGCGCGCUUUCCCAGUGACGUCCCUCGUCUGUCUGGGCUUUUUGUCGUACUGCGCUCUCCUGAUAUACCGUUUGUUAUUUUCGCCGUUGAGCAAAAUUCCGGGUCCAUGGAUCACCAGAAUAUCUGCAGUUCCUGAAGCCAACGCGCUGAAGGACAAACGCCGAACAGAAUGGGUAGGCCAGCUGUUUGCUCAGAAUCCGGGCACCGUUGCUGUGCGGACAGGUCCUAACUCGGUCUCCUUCAAUCAUCCUGAUGCUGUCAAAGCCAUCUAUGGCCAUGGCAAAGGUGCAGAGGGCUUUGGCAAGUCCAGCUGGUAUGAUGCAUUCUCUACCACAGGGGAAUCGCUAUUUUCAACGCGCUCGAAGAAGAGGCAUGCAACAAAGCGGCGCAUGAUUGCUCAUGGAUUCAGCAUGCAAUCAUUGUACUCAUUUGAACCAUACAUGGACAUGACCAUGGAGAAAUUCCUUUCAAAGAUGGACGAAUUUGCAAGCACUCAGCAGUCAUUCGAUAUCUACUUCUGGUUCGAACUCUUCACAAUGGACUUGAUGGGAGAGCUCGCCUUUGGUGAAAACUUUGGCGCCCUCCAAGCUGGAAAACCCGUGAGAUACUCCAAGCUCGUCGAACUAUCCCAACGUUUCGCCAAUUUGAGUGGUAUGCUGCCAUUUGGCAAAUUGAAUGUGAAAAUCCUUAGCUGGGUACCGCUUCCAUAUAUUCAGAGUUUGUACCAGGCCAGGCUGGAAUACUUGGAUUACGCAAGGAAGGCGUUGGAGAAACGAUUUCAAGACAAUCGUCAACAAGUACUCCCUGGCAGUAAGCCUCGGCAGGAUAUUAUGCAACGGUUUAUUGAAGCACAAGAUCCCGAAACAGGGGCGCGCAUGGACUUUCCGGAGCUCCGAGCAGAAGCUUCCUCAUUGAUGGUUGCAGGAGCAAGUACUGGCAGCGUGACGAUGAAUUGGAUGACAUACUACUUGUCAAAGAACCCAUCCGUCAAGUCACGCAUCAUUCGAGAGCUCGAAGACAUGUUCCCAGACAAUCUCAACGGCUUAACGCCUCUCCCAUCCUCGAAACUGCAGCAUUUGAGCCUUUUGGAGGCCACUGAAGUUGAGUGCCUUCGAAUGCAUCCACCGAUUGGCUAUGCCAUGCCGCGCAUGACGCCACCCAGUGGCGCGGUCAUUUGUGGACUUUACGUGCCUGGUAACGUUGAUGUCGGAGUCCCUGCCGCAAUCAUUGGUCGCAAUGCUGAAGUAUACCAUGAUCCCAAUACCUGGGAUCCCGAUCGAUGGAUGGACGAAAAGGCAGACCUCUCCACCAUGAAAUUGUCCUUUUUGGGUUUUGGUUAUGGCAGCAGACAAUGCAUCGGUAGAAACGUGGCCAAUCAGUUUGUGAUGAAGAUGAUCGCGACGUUAUUGUUGAGAUACGACAUUCAACUUGAAGAUCCAGCAUUGACAUUGGGUUCGAAGGAAUUUACCAUCAUCAAGCCGGACAAGAACUAUAACGUGAUUUUGCGGCCAAGGAAGCACUGAUCUCCGAAGUUGAGAACUGCCGGCAACGUGCAUACUUGAUCUGGUGUAUGGAUUAGAACUCUACGCGAGAAAUGGUGAUGAAAUUGACGGUUCCUCCAAAUGCAUGGCGUUCUGUCAAAAGUUUUACGCAGCGUGUACUCAGGACCAUUCCGUAUCAUGUGAGCGACC